AUGGGCGCGCAGGCAGCGGGCGGCCGUGCGGUGCGAGCUGGAGACGGGGCGGCGGCUGCGGGCGCAGCGGGCAGAGCUGGAGCGAUACCUGCGGGAAACGGAGACCGAGCAGUUGGGGAGGGGCGGCUGCAUCGCCCAGCAGCCAGCAGCGAACCCAGGCGUCUGAGUCUAGCCUCUGCCCUGCUAGACCCUCCCCACCAGGAGAGGACUCAGGUGGCGCUGCUAGCAACUUCCCCCACAGCUUCAGGACCCAGGCGUCCGGCCCCGCCCCCUUCUCUAGCCCCGCCCAGCCACCCCCCCGUCAUGUGCUCCCUCCGCGAGGAAGUGGAAGUGGGGGUGUUAGACGAGACCGGAGGAGCUGGGGCUUCGCGGAUACGCGAGAUAGGUCUGUGUCCCACCCCCACUAUGCUGCCCCUCCUGUUCAUGGCCUUGUCCCUGACCCCUGCUGCGGCGGGGGGCAUCUCCUGUUAUGAUGACAAUGGGCAGCCUGUGGAUUGGUUCGUGGCCUACAAGCUGCCGCACCAUUCCCCAGGCCAGGGGCUGCGUUACCACUACCUGGAUGCCCGCAGAGGGGACUGGGUGUCUGGCCACGCCCUCAUCAACAGCUCCCAGGGCGCUCUGGGCACCACCCUGCGCCAACUAUACCAGGCUGCAACCACUCAGGGUGACGCCGUGGCCUACGUGCUGUACAACGACCAGCCCCCCCGGGCCAACACCAGCAUUAGCACCCGCUUUGCUGCCUCCCACGGCCACACCAAGGGUGUGGUGCUGCUGGAUGGGACACAGGGUCUGUGGCUGGUGCACAGCGCCCCGCACUUCCCACCGCCCACGGCCACCACCUUCGCCUGGCCCCCAACUGCCUCCCGCUUUGGCCAGACCUUCCUGUGUAUCACCUUCCCCUACGCCAGCUUCCAGGACAUUGGCCGAAGCCCUGAUGCCCACUCCCGGGGGGGGGCCCCCUCCCUCAGCCUGGCCAAACACCGCCGCUUCCAUGAUGACCUGUACUCCGGCUGGCUGGCUGCGGCCCUGGGCGACACACUGCUGGUGGAGUCGUGGCGGGACGGGCCGGGGGACCUGCCCUCCAACUGCUCAGGGCCGGGGCCACAGGUGCUGAACGUGGCACAUGUGGCCUUCCCGGACAUGCCGGCCUUCGCGACCACGCAGGAUCACUCCAAGUGGGCGGUUGCCGACACUGCCGCUUGGGCCUGUGUGGCUGACACCAACCGCAAUCGGGGUGAGGAGCAGCGUGGCGGUGGCCCUGGCUGCCUACCCCACCGCCCCCUCUGGAAGGCCUUCCGCGGCCUGGUGCAGGACUACGACCCCUGCCCCUAGCCUGGUAUUGGGGUGGGGGGCUGGAUGCUGGGAUUCUCCAGGCUGGGGGUGGUGGGGGGAGCCAGGACAUGUGGGUUCUGUCCUGCGCGGGGAAGCCAGCGGUUAGAGCAGGAAGGGGAGCUGGGAUGUCUGGGUUCUCCCUGGGUGGGGGUAAGGGGUGGAGUCAUGAGGGCUGGACUCUCAGCUGUGCUGGGGGGGACAGGGAGCCAGGACCCCUAGGAGGGGGCGAAUCAGGAACCAGGACACCUGCGUUCUCUCCCAAGCUGUGGACUGGGGCAAUAGUGGUUGGAGCAGGGCGGGGGUCAGGAUGCCUGGGUCCUCUACCUGCCCGGGGAGAGGAGUGCAAGUGGGGGUGGGAAGAGCCAGGACACCUGGGUUCUCUUCCCUUGGGCAGGGGCCACUAGACACUCCUCAUGUCUCCCUGGGGCUUUGUAAGCGGCCAGAGGGUCAUAGAAUUGGGGGGGAGGGGGGCAGAUGCCUGUGUCCCUAAAGCUGCCAAUAAAUAGUCCCAUUGCCAAGUG